AGAUCAACAAGCAGAACCUGAUGCUGAGGAACCAGAUCCAGCAGGCGUUUGUAGAGAGGGACAUCCUGACCUUCGCCGAGAACCCGUUCGUGGUCAGCAUGUACUGUUCCUUUGAGACACGCAGACACCUGUGCAUGGUCAUGGAGUACGUCGAAGGUGGGGAUUGUGCCACUUUACUGAAGAACAUGGGUCCUUUGCCAGUGGACAUGGCCAGAAUGUACUUUGCUGAGACUGUCCUUGCUUUGGAAUACCUCCAUAAUUAUGGCAUCGUCCACCGAGACCUGAAGCCAGACAAUUUGUUGGUCACCUCAAUGGGACACAUCAAGCUGACCGACUUUGGCUUAUCCAAGGUGGGCCUGAUGAACAUGACCACGAACCUCUACGAGGGCCACAUAGAGAAGGAUGCCAGAGAGUUCUCAGAUAAACAGGUGUGUGGUACCCCUGAGUACAUCGCGCCAGAGGUCAUUCUGAGGCAGGGAUAUGGGAAGCCGGUGGAUUGGUGGGCCAUGGGGAUCAUUCUGUACGAGUUCCUGGUAGGAUGUGUGCCUUUCUUUGGAGACACUCCAGAAGAGCUCUUUGGUCAGGUUAUUAGUGAUGAGAUAAACUGGCCUGAAGGAGAGGACGCACCUCCAGCUGAUUCUCAAGAGCUCAUCUCGCUGCUGCUCAGGCAGAACCCACUGGAGCGCCUGGGAACCGCAGGAGGAGCCUAUGAGGUCAAGCACCACCAGUUCUUCCACAGUCUGGACUGGAACAGUCUGCUCAGACAGAAGGCUGAAUUUAUCCCCCAGCUUGAGUCCGAGGAUGACACCAGCUACUUUGAUACCCGAUCUGAAAGGUACCACCACUUGGAAACCGAGGAAGAAGAGGACACAAACGAUGAAGACUUCAAUGUGGAGCUGCGCCAGUUUUCCUCGUCCUCACACCGAUUCUCGAAAGUAUACAGCAGUCUGGAUCUGUCCCGUGGGCAGCUGGAGGAAAAGGGAGAGCAACCGGAGAAGAAGAUCGAGAGUCCUCUCACUGUCGACUCGCUCAGCUGGACUCCAGACUUCACUGAAAUACCGUCUCUAUCCCACUCGUCUGACCUGGAGAGCACCAGCGCGGGCCGACACACAGGACUCCUGCCUAAGUUUGCCAUUUCAGCAGAGGUGGAGAGCUGUGAGAGUUCACUGUCCAUGGACAAGCCCGGUAAAGUGGCCUUCUCUGUCGGAGAGCUUCCUGAGGACGAGCCUGACGCCGCCACCACGCCCUCCAGCCCAGUCAGCAACGCCACCCUGUCAGGCAGUUUCUCUGAACACCUGGACCAGCUGAUAUCACGGCCGGAUGGAGGGGACAGUCCAGACACUGCCAGCAAGCCAUCUGCUGACACGAUCAGCCAUUUGACCUCCCCGAGACCAGAGACCAGCAUCCCUAAAUCAUCCUCCACCAGCGCCCUGUCUCUCAUGAUCCCUGCAGAUGUUUUCGGCGCAUCUCCGUUGGCCAGUCCCAUGUCUCCGCACUCACUGUCAUCAAACCCCUCCUCCAGGGAUUCCUCCCCCAGCCGAGACUCCUCCCUCUCUGCUGCCAACUCGCGCCAGCCAAUCAUCAUUCACAGUUCAGGGAAGAAGUUCGGCUUCACGCUCCGGGCUAUCCGAGUCUACGCUUGCGACAGUGAUGUCUAUACGGUCUAUCAUAUGGUCUGGAAUGUGGAAGACAGUGGACCUGCUCAAAAGGCUGGGCUCAAAGCUGGAGACUUGAUCACUCAUGUCAAUGGGGAAACAGUCCAUGGACUGGUCCACACUGAGGUGGUGGAACUGUUGCUGAAGAGUGGAAGCAAGGUUGCCAUAUCCACUACUCCUUUUGAGAACACGUCGAUCAAAACAGGUCCAGCUAGAAGGAAUAGUUAUCGAAGCAAAAUGAUCAGGAGAACCAAGAAGCCCAAGAAGGAAAAGACGCAAGAAAGACGACGGUCAGUAUUCAGGCGCUUCGCCAUGCAGCCCUCUCCACUGCUCCACACUAGCCGAAGCUUUACCUCUUUAAAUCGAUCACUGUCCUCAGGGGAGAGUGUGCCAGGUUCCCCCACACACAGCCUGUCUCCUCACUCCCCCACUACCUCCUGCCGGCCCACACCGGAGUUCAAUCAAUCAGGUGGUACAUCCUCUCAGAGCAGUUCCCCCAGCUCCAGUGCACCCAAUUCCCCCGCUGGCUCGGGCCAUGUCCGUCCUAACACUUUGCACGGUUUGGGCCCCAAGUUGCCUGGACAGCGGCUUCGUCAGAGCCGGCGGAAAUCAGCAGGGAGCAUCCCACUGUCCCCGCUGGCUCGAACACCCUCCCCAACCCCUCAACCCACCUCCCCUCAGCGAUCUCCUUCCCCCUUGCUCACUCACUCAGUGGGAAGCUCCAAAACUACUCAGACCUUCUCAGCAAAGAUGCACUCACCCCCUACAAUUGUGAGGCACAUGGUGCGUCCUAAAAGUGCCGAACCCCCUCGGUCUCCGCUCCUUAAGAGGGUUCAGUCGGAGGAAAAGCUCUCGCCGUCCUACCCAGGGGACAAAAAGCACCUCUGCUCCCGGAAGCACAGUCUGGAGGUGACCCAAGAGGAAGUUCAGGCUGGGGUUGCAUCUGGAGGUGAGCCCACACUUCAGUGUGUGGAAGAGAGCUCUUGCGAACUUCCCACCAUCACCAGAGUAAGACCUGCCGAACAGGGCUGCCUGAAACGGCCUGUGACUCGUAAGGUUGGUCGUCAAGAAAUGAUGGAGGAUCUUGAUAAGGAGAAAUUGAAGGCCAAAGUGGUAGCAAAAAGACAGGACUGGCAUGAGAGGCGAGAAUCUUUGCAAAAACAGGAGGCUAUUCAAGAGGCUGAAUCUACCCAGAACACCGCUGGGUGUUGCUCUAUUGAUAACAAAGCUACCAGUGCUACAGUAAAAGAUGUUCUGUAUAAAAAACUGAACACAAGAGCAUGUGAAAGCAUUGCAGACUCCAUGAGCAGCACUGGGGACUCUGCGUCAAUCUUAAAUGAGGGUAUAAGAUCAGCCCCAACCCAAUCAGACCGGCAGCUGGCCUGGCAGAUUAAAGAGGGCAGUAAACCAGACAGGCUCGAUUUCAAAGCUCCCAAUAUGGAAUUUGCUCGAAAAAGGCAGUCCUUUGAGGAGCGCGAGGACUGUAUGUGUCGAAUCACCCCUGUUGUUCAUGAAAGCCUUCACUUUAAUACCACUAGGUCCAAAAGCCUCCAGCUGGAUUCUGCUGGAAUCGCAGCUUCUGGAAUCAAUACAGAUUCCUUGAGCCCUAAGCUAUUCAGUGGGCGAGGGGAGAGUGCUGUGGAGAAGCUUCAGAUUAUCUCGUCCACUGAGGGUUCCAUCAGAAAGACGUCUUCUGAGUAUAAAUUAGAGGCACGACUCGUGUCUUCCUUGAAACCACUGAAGGGCACACUGGACAUAGGACUGCUCUCUGGACCCAGGCUCUCCAAAACUGAUACAUGUCUCUCAAAAAUAGCCAGCAGCCAAGCUGAUAGCGGAUGUCUGGCUGGUGCUCUGCCAAACCAGAGUGAAAAGCAGCCCCAAAUCACCACAAAUAAACACACGCUGACUGCCACGGAGAUGGAAAGUCUUGGUGCUUUGAGCAGCAGAAAUGCAGGAAAAGAAGAACCCGCAUGCCAUAGGGACAGUGUUGUUGGAUCCGUUAGCAAUGAAGGCACUCGUGACAAAAACAAGCAGAGUGAAGGAAUCAAGUUACAGGCCAUAUCCAGUAAAAUUGAGUCAGUAGAUUCACCAACAGGUGGAAAACCAGAGACCAAGUUGAAAACUGUUCAGGAGAUGAGGCCUGCUCGACACAGUGCUCAUUUUGCUUGUGGGAAAACGCCCUCGAUAAGGGAGGUCAGCAACGAAGACCAGGAUGAUGAGAUGGAAAAUCCAGAGGAAAAGCCUACGUUGCAAAACAACACUGUGGAAACAAAGACACCAGUGAGCUGUGACCAGGUCAUCAAGCAAAACCCAUCCAUACCCUCAGACCUCUGUGGUGUUGUUAGAGAUAUACAUGUGGGAGAGAUCCUUGUCAGUCCACAGAACUUGGAGCAGACUGUUCUAAAAAACAGCCAAAUAGCCACAGAGAAAGAUGGAGCACUGAAUACACUGUGCUUAACUGUGGUUCCACAGGAGGUUCCUAAAUCUAAAAUUGUCUCAACAUUAGCUUCAGUGCAGACUUUGCCUCCAAAACCAGACAGAACAAUCAGUGCACAAAAGUCAGGUUUGGAUUCAAAAGGUGGGAUUUGGGUGAGGGAUGAGAAGAAACCAGAAAGCACAGCUCAAAACAUACACAAGAUUUCAGAGAAGAUGCAUGAACAGACCACAGCAAGUAGCGCACCAGUGUUGAGUGUGAAAUCAGAACAGGUUCACUCACAGGGUUUAGUAAAGGAAAAAGUAUCUGUUCCACAGAGUUCAACUUUAACCUCCGUGUCAACCACAUCAGCAGCAGCUUCACCAGCACCAGAUAUCAAGUUACCUCCAGACCCACCUCUUCAAACCAAACAGGAUAAAAACAAUGCAUCUCCCAAAGGUGCUCCUCUUAAGACGACUUCUCCUGUGGUUCUCCAGUCACCUGUUGAAGUCGAAUCAGACAGCACUGCAGUUAAACAAUCUCAGCAGAAGACAUCAAAAACACUAACCAGUUCCGUCUCAGGAAACCAACAGAAAAGUCCAGAUCCUCUCUCCAAAGAAUAUGACUGUUUCAAAACACAAAAUGCUGGGCUGGAAGAUGGGAAAAGGUCCAGUUCUCAAUGUCAGGAGCCAUGUGGAGUCAAAACUCAAAUCAAGGACAAGGCUCAUAAGACUUGGAUGGUUCCAGAAGGGUCAAGUGAUGAGUCCAAAUCUACUUUGUCUAAAGAUAAAAUGCCCCAAAACGUAGCAGUUUCAAAAGAAGACGCAAAAUGCGUUAUGCCAAAUGAGACUCCCGGGACUGCAGAGGACAAAAAUGACGGCAUAAAAUGCAUCCUAGCGACUCCUCAGACGCUCGCCAGCAACAAGUCAAAUCAGAAUUCUGGUGCCAAAGGAAGUGAGAAAACUCUGCAAGUUCAGUCAGCAAGCAUGCUUGAAGAAGAAAAUUUAAAAGUCAAGAAUACUCUGGACGUAGCCAGUCAGAAGAUCACCAAGCCGGUACUUGAUGUUUGCAAGAAGGAGGUUGUUACUACAACCAAAAAACAGCCACAGCUGUCGGGUACUAGUUCCACUGGAAAACAAGGCCUGUGUAGCUCCAAGAACAAGGCCAAGUUAGAACCCCCUCCUGUUGCACACCAGAGUGGGAAAGCCACUGAAGAAAGAGGAAUGCAAGAAAGCAAAGCACCAGUGCAGAUCAUCAAAACCAACACCGAUCUAAAACCAAAGGAACAGACAGAGUCCACUCUUACUACAUUGAAAACGCAACCACAGAGAGAGAACUUGCCUCAAACAGGCCCUCAAGUUGGUUCUGUACCUGUGGCUACUGUUAAAGUUCACACACCAAGUGGAUCUCCAACAGGUAAGGGUACUGGGGCCACAGUGGAGACCUCCAAGUCAUCAGACUCCUUGCAGAAAGGAAGCCGUAAAGACUCGCAGAAAUCCACAGCAUUGGCGAAGGAUGGCGCAACACCAGAAAAAGAUUCACCUCGCGCCAAGCAGUCCAAAGAUCUGCCCCGAGGUUCGAAUAAUAAAAAGUGACAGUGGGGAUGGCGAUGGUUGGUUGCCAAAUCACAUUUUGUAAGACAGACUUCAAGGCAAUCCUUUUUUUUUUUGUUAAGUUUCCAUGCAUUGUAUUAUAGCACCUUCCAUUCUGAGGACCGAUGAAGCUGUUACUUCAGUGUUUCAUGGAGGGCGAGAGCUAUGAGCGCUAGUGUAUAUGCGUGUAUGUUUCUGAAAAAAUUCUAGGUUUGAAUGUACCCGAUUUGCUGCUGAUUGUCAUUUUGUAGUUUGAGAGAAGAGGCGGUGGAGUGUAUAGAAAAGAUGUGUGCAAUCUGUUUGACAUCAAGGGAUUUGAUGCCUUUGAGUCGUAAAUGAACUGUGCCAAUUUCGAUUGUACCAAACGAGAACGCUACGUAUUGAUUCGGAGUCGUUGGAAUCGCGCUGCAUUUCGAUACGUUUAAAAAAAAAAAAAAAAACCAACAGGAAUUUCACAAUCCAUAUGAAGGUGAAGAGAAUUACAAUGGUUUUGUUCACACGGGGGGGAAACAGAUGAAGUAUUUGUAGCAAUGGUGCUGAUCUCUCAGCACAUACUGUUCAUGUAGGAAAAAAAAACAUAUAUAAAAUAUACCACCAACGUUGUUUGUUUGCGUCUCAUCGUCGUCGUUCUUCAUGUUCUUGUUUGCUUUGACCUACUUAAAGGCAAAGUUUGUUUUGGGCCGAGGGAAUGCGCGUUUAUCCCGUGCUUCUCACCUAGAACUAUUUUAUAAUGGAAUCAUCUUAGGGUUCUGGUUUCAUAUCUAGUGGAAGGGGCCUUAGAGUAUUUUUGGGCUGUCACACUUGCUGUUCUUAGCAGGUUGUGUCAAAAUUCACAUUCCUUUCACAUGCAUUUACUAAAUACUCAUUUUUAUGCAAUGUACUGUACAUAAAGCAAUGUUACUUGUACAAACGCUGAUCUGUCGGAUCAGGCCUAGGAUUCUGAAUAUGAGUGUUGUGUGUUUUUAUAUGUAUAUAUUUUGCUAUGUCAUAUAUGUUUGUAUACUGUAACGUUUGUUGCGAAGUGAAAUUUUCACGAUGCCGUCUGAAAUAAGCUAGUCGAAAAAAUAGGGAAAAAAAAAAUAAAGGGCAAGAUCUUGGCCUCUGAAAGUUCGAUACUUGAAAUUACACAGGCACUAAAAGCAGUAAUCGCACUCGUACGCAACUGUGUUUGAGGCAAAGGCUAAAAACACCUUGGAUGUCCUCUGGUUGUUGCUGAUUAACGAAAAGACGGAACAGUGGAAUGUUAAAUAGUGCAAAAGCUCUAUUUUUUAAAACGAAAGGAAGUGAAUGUUAAAAUGUUUGUGACCCUGUGUAUUAUGAUUAUGAUUAUUUUUCCCCUUUUUCAGCACAUUUUUCAUAAGGAUUUUAGGGCUAUAUUUUCCACUUGGCCACCUAAAACUUUAAACCAGUUUUAGUCUCGAGGGUUUAAACAGUGGCCACGUUUAUGAUCAUGGACUUUCAAUCAUGACGUUCAGCUAGUGUUCCUGUGUCCUGUCUCGUUUAUUGCCCAUCAGUUUCUCCGUCAGUAAAGUACAAUGUAUAAUACUUAUAAAAGUGGGACGUGUAAUAAUAAUAAUAAUAAUAAUCGAGUGUUUUUACACUGUCCGUUAGCUGUACCUUGAAAUCCAUGACUGAAAUAUACUGUCAAAUUCAUUAGUUUAAAACGUGACUGUUUAAAACGCGUGUAUCGUCUGAGUCAUCCGAAUCAUUCUGUAACACUUUCACAUACACGGUAAUGACGCGUAACAUUUAAAUAAGAUGCUAUUUGAUCGUUUUUUGUGCGCGCGCGCUCUGAAAUGACGACAGUAAUCAGUCCUUUUUCAUAUAAACUUAACUGACGAGAUAUUUUAGUGCCGUAAAUAGUCUAAUCUCUGAUAUUAAAGUAAUAUUCUAGUUAUGUGUAGAUCUCAAAGACUAUACAAUGCUUCGGAGCUGAAUGUGAAUACGAGUCAAACGAGUCAUGAAAUUAUAAUUAUAAAGCGAUUUAAUGUGAAGAAAAGCUAAUGAAUUUGAGAGAUUUUAAGCGAUAUUAGCAAAAUCAGAAGUCCUCAUGAAGCUUUGCAAAUGUAGUGUUUGUAGCAAGAGGAGACAAAACGCACCUUAUCGUUAACGUUACUUUGCAUUUGGACGAAAAGAUAACGAAGGACAAGACCAUUAAAAGAAUGUAAAUGUUUAACCAGGCAUAAAUAUGGUCAAAUUACAAAAGUUUAUUCGAUGGAUUGUCUUUCAGUCCCCUUGCCUUUUUAUACAGAUGACGACUGAUGUAAAAUCCUUAACUAAGCACAUUUCUUUGUUUACAGUGAAUUCCUGGAUGUAUAUUUUGAAUAUUGUGUUAUUAAUUUGCCAAAUCUGUGUUCCACAUCACAGGACAUUGCGAUCGUAGUGUUUGCAUGGCGUCCUCCUCCAGCAGGUUGUGCAGUUUAAGGUUGUCAGUCUAUGGUAUAGUCGGUCUGUCCACCGUGAAUCUGUUGGGUCUUGAGCGUCUGGCAUAUUUUCAAAAAUGUUCUUUUCUGUCACCUGUUCUGUGAAGCUAGUGUUUGUGUAAACGGCCCUGCUUCAUCGUCUUCAUCGUCGUCCGUCUUUAGAAUCUGUGCAAUAAAAAACGUGGUUUUGAGUUUUUGUAUUUCACCUAAUGGAAUCUCUAUGGAUGUCAUAGAUGUUGUAUUCUAUACAAAUAUUUAUACUUCUAAAAAUUGUAUAAUUCUGAAAAU